AUGGCGAAGCAGUACGAUGUGCUUUUCAGGCUGCUUCUCAUCGGGGAUUCCGGGGUCGGCAAGACCUGCCUCCUGUGCCGCUUCACGGACAACGAGUUCCACUCCUCCCACAUCUCCACCAUCGGAGUUGACUUUAAGAUGAAGACUAUAGAAGUAGAUGGCAUCAAAGUUCGGAUACAGAUUUGGGAUACUGCAGGGCAGGAAAGAUAUCAGACCAUCACCAAGCAGUACUACAGACGAGCCCAGGGAAUAUUUUUAGUCUAUGAUAUCAGCAGUGAGCGAUCUUACCAGCACAUUAUGAAGUGGGUCAGUGAUGUGGAUGAGUAUGCACCAGAGGGAGUCCAGAAAAUUCUUAUUGGGAACAAGGCUGAUGAGGAACAGAAAAGGCAAGUGGGAAAAGAACAAGGCCAACAGCUGGCUAAGGAGUAUGGCAUGGACUUCUUUGAAACAAGUGCCUGCACCAACCUCAACAUAAAGGAGUCCUUCACUCGUCUGACAGAGCUGGUUCUGCAGGCACACAAGAAAGAACUUGAUGGUCUACGAGCACAUGCCAAGGAAGAGUUGGCACUGGCUGAAUUGGAAGAGAAAGACAACAAAACUGAGGGCACAGGGAACUCUUCGAAAAAUUGUUGGUGUUGA